GUCUCUCCCCCUCUACAAAUUGAUUUGGUGUUUAGGGGUUGGCCAAUCUUAUUCAUUUCUAUUAACACCCAACUUGAAUAAAAGGGGGCAUAGUUGAGGCUACGUUUGCAUAUACUUUCAUGUUUUCUUCAUCCCUCAUCAUUCAAAUGGAGAAAUCAACCAAGAUUAUGAGAAGAUCAAUCUUCACAUUCCUUCAAAAUUAUCAUUAUUUCACUUUAACUCCUGCACUUCUUGCUUUCCCUUACUCACUUUCUCUUCUUCUCUCCCAAAUCUUUGUUCCAUCUUCUUCCUUGUUUCAAUCAAUCCAUGGCCGUCUCAGUGUUGUUUUCCAGGCCUCUGGGUUCCCUUAUUCAUCAGAUUCCUUUACAUUUCUCAGUUCCAAACUUUCCCAAACCAUCUGUUUCUCUGUCUUUGCACUCCCUUUCACCUUCUCUUUCUUCCUCUUAUCCAAAGCCUCCGUAAUCAGUUGUUUUCGCCAUGGGAAAAGCUUCAAACAACCUUCUUUCUCUUGGGUUCUUUCACUUUACAAACCUCUCCUCGAAACUCUAAUCUGCAAUUUCUUCUUAAUCAUCUCAGCCAACGCCACAGCUUUCUCUGUUUUGUUGUUUGGGUUCAAUUUCCUUGAUGGGUUGGGAUUUUCAUCCCCAAAUUGGAUUCUUUUGAUGUCAGCUUUUGGGGCUGUUCUUUAUUCGGUUCUUGUGGCCAAUACCAUUUUAAUUUCCAAUUUUGCAUUGGUUUCAUCUGGAAUCCAAGGAUCUGGUGGAUAUUUGUCCAUUCUAAAAGUUUGUGUUCUUAUAAAAGGAAGAACUUCAACCGCUUUGACAUUGGCUUUACCUCUGAAUCUAACCAUGGCAGCCAUUGAAGCACUGUUCCAUUACCAUGUUGUGAGAGCUUAUAGUAAUUGUGGUGAUUUCAACUGCUUUUCAAUGGCUUUGGAAGCGAUUUUCAUUGCUUUUUUAUAUUCCAUAAUCGUUGUUCUUGAUACUGUUGUGAGUUGCUUCUUCUUCAAUAGCUGCAAAACCAACCAGGAAGGUAAAUGUUCUUACGGGAUUGAAAUUGCAGAGGAAGAUGAUUGUGUGAAGCUGAAGAAUAUUGAAGGACUGCCAUAGAAAUUGAUCCAAAAACCAAACUAAAGACUGCACAUAAUACACAAAAAUAUGUUCAUACAGAUAAUAAUUUGUAUUCAAGAAUCAAGAUUCAUUCAUGUUGCUUGAAUUGAAAACCAAGCAACUUCCGAGAGAUAAAGGUACAUACAUGCAUACAUGGGGUACAGAUCAAGCUUUUCUUUUUCCUUUUUACAGUGUAAUCAAAUUCUCUGUCAGAUACUUCAUUUUUCUUUUUCGUUUUAUUCUAAAAUCCUAAUGUUUUGUAUUGGGAUCUAGAAACUACUGUUCUUGUUCAUGUAUGUAAGUUCUGAAAACAAAAUUAAAUACCAGAAAAGGAAGAAUGAAAAUUGCAUAUUGCAAUGACUUGGUAA